UUUAAUAUAUGGCCUUGACUUUGUGGGGGAUAAGAAACAGUAGGGAAUGUGUGCGGCAGCAAUCUGAAUUAACUUGCGAUAGAUUUGGGUAUCCGACGACAUGGAUGGGCUCAAUUAAUUGUGGAAGAGAAAACGCACGGUCGCGCGUCCGUCUCACUUCCCGCCCUACGCGCCGCGCUCCAUGAAUAGUCGGCCAGAGGUGCAUGGUGACGCGGCAGGCAGGUUGGCGUCAAUUUCAGUUCCACCCGACUCCAUGGCGACGAAACAGCACCUCGCCGGCUCGCAGCCGUACCUCCAUAUAUCUCUCGCUCCUUCCAGCUGCAGCUCGUACGAUCUCGGUCUCGGUCUCCGCCUUCUCUUCUCCUGCUACUCCACCAAGCCUCCCGGGCGCUCUCUACCGGUCUAGCCAGCAGCAGCCACUGGUGACUUGUCCCGCCCGCCUAUCUCUCUCUCAAAUUUCGGCAAUCAGUCCGGCUUAUCGAUCGAGGAGGCCCGGCGGCUGCAUGCAUGGAUCGCGGUGCUGAUGAGCAGAACGGCGGCGACGCGACGGAGUGGAAGAAGGUGGCCGAGCUGAGGCCUGAGGGCCGUGGUCGAGGCCCAGGACCCCGCUGCCAAGGUACGUACCAUCUCCUUCCUCCUCAGUCCUCACCAACUUGCCCGCGAUCGAGUAGCUUCUUGGUUCAGUUGCCUCCCAUAGCAUGCAGCUCACACGCACCUCGGUUCACAGAACUCGUUUCCUCUCAUGGCAAUCAGCCAAUUCAGCCUUGCACACACACACACACACACACACACUGAUGAGAUCACAGCUCUCCUUGUGUUGCAACUUCGAGUACGUAGUACAUGGCUAACCAACGGACAACGAGCCACUAGAAGUAUUCAGGUUAGGAGACACGUAGAUACACGUGUUGACACCAGGUUUUAUCUGAUCCACACUGCUGGUCAAGUCGAUCCGCGAGUGGUUGCCGGUCGCUUUUGGCGUUGAUGGCGUGAGACAGGACCAGCUACUGCCAUGUGCCAUCCGUCCUAUCUUCGGUCCGAGCUAGCUAGCCAGACGUUGACACAUACUACGGUUAACCGUAACAGAGCAAAUCUUUGGGGCCUCCUCUCAUCUAGCUCAUAUGAUAGGAACACCGUAUGAAUACAAAAAUCAUAGGAAAUGAGAUGCCAUAUAUCUCAAUUCCUACAAGAAAAAUGGUCCAUAGGAUAACUUUUUUUCCUGAUCUAAGCUAAUGUUUUUGUUUCUUCUAAAAAUUUGAAAUGUGAAUAAUAGGAACCAAUUUUACAUAGGAAUAAGAAUAGAUUCCUAUAAACCAAAUGACUCGAAAGGAAAUUUUCUAUGAAAAUCAUAUCCUAUAAAAUUUCUACAAAAUUCCUAUAAACCAAAGGAGACAUGAAAUUUUGUUGCUAUUUAAUUCUUCACAGAACAUAAAAUUCAAUUGGCCGCUCGAUCAAAUGAUCCAUCAUCUUUAUGUAGAAUACCUUUAAACUACUGAUUUUCAUAGUAAACAAGCUAUAUAAUAUUUUGAAACUAACAUAUCUCAACUAAAAAAAGUUAUAUAUCACGAUAAGCAUACCUUUAAACUACCGAUUCAAUUGAUGGUCAGAGUAAACAAGCUAAUAUACCUUGCAGAAGGAAGGUACUAUCUACUAAGCAUGUGCACUCGAGUCGGACAUUGCUUCCAUUUUUUAUCCUCGCAUACAUGCAUACCACAUGCAGGAGGAAGACGACUUUGCUCCGCGGAGGUUCUUGCGGGCCCGUGACCACAAUAUCGACAAGGCGCCGGCAAUGUUGCUCAAGUACUUGAGCUGGAAACGCACCGCCAAGCCACACGGUUCCAUCACUGAUGAUGAGGUGCACGUUGAGCUCGUGCAGGAGAAGCUCUAUAUGCAAGGCUUCGACGAGAAGGGACGCCCGCUGGUGUACCUCUUCCUCGCUCGUCACUUCCCCGCCAAGCGCGACCUCGAUGAGUUCAAGCGCUACGUCAUCUACAUCCUCGACAACACCUGCACCAGGUUGCGGACAGGACAAGAAAAGUUUGCGGUUGUGGGGGACCUUCGGGGUUGGGGGUACGCGAAUUGCGACAUCCGAGCAUAUGUGGCGGCGUUGGAUAUCAUGCAGAGCUGCUACCCGGAGCGGCUGGGGAGGGUGCUCCUGAUCCACGUUCCCUACGUGAUCAUGGCGGCAUGGAAGAUGUUGUACCCCUUCAUUGAUGAUAAGACCAAGGAGAAGUUUGUGUUCGUCGCCGGCAGCUGGGACCUCGAUGCCACGCUCCGUGACUCCAUCGACGAGUCCCAGCUGCCCAAGGAGUACGAGGGCAGGCUUGAGCUUCGGGGCUACAACGAUUUGUCGCCACCGUCGUCGUCCAAUUAACUAAGAUCGAAUUCCAUAUAUGUGUAUGGGCGAGCGUAACUCACAUGGUUAGGUGUCUUCUUGUGGAACCAAUUUUGUACCGUGUUUCUGAAAAGAUGUUUGUGUACAGUAGUUAA